UUCGACUUUUAUAUAUAUCCCGACUGUCGAACACAAAAGAAAUUCACUGCAGAAAAUGGGAAUCAUGGAGAGCCCUGCGGCUACCAACCCCUCAAGCAGGUUCGAUGUCGAGAAUGUGCCUACCAAUUACACGUUCCCCGAGAAAGAUAGACCAGGGGAGCUCCCUCCCGUAUGUCACACACUCCCUGUCAUCGACCUUGGAAAAGCUUUGGAUGCAGAGACUGUUAAUCUCAUAUUCAAGGCCUCUCAAGAAUUUGGAUUCUUUCAAGUGAUCAAUCACGGGGUCUCGGAGAAAAUACUAGGCGAUACGACAGAUGUGUUGAAGGAGUUCUUUGCGAGUCCGGAGAAGGAGGGUAGCAACUCUUGUGGCAAGAGUAAUUGGGUCUACGAUGGCAGUGUUAACUUCGACGUAAACGGGGUUCAUUUGUGGAGAGAAAAUCUGAAACACCCUUGUAAUCCUUUGGAGGAAUGCAUGCAACAGUGGCCUCAUCACCCGACGCGUUAUAGGGAUGUUGUAUCGACGUAUCUGACAGAAGUAGGUAAGUUGGGGAAGAGGAUACUCGACCUGAUUUGCCAAGGUUUGGGACUUGAAAAGGGGUACUUUGAUGGAUUUAGUGGAGUUGAGUUGCUGUCAGCGAAUAGUUAUCCACCGUGUCCUGAUCCGAGUUUGACAUUGGGGAUAUUGAGACACUAUGAUCCUAGUCUCAUAACUAUUCUCUACCAAGGGGAUGUUCCCGGCCUUCAAAUAAUGAAGGAUGGGACCUGGAUUACUGUCGGGGCUAUGUCGAAUGCAUUUGUUGUUAACAUUGGCAACCAGUUAGAGAUUAUUAGUAAUGGGAUAUUAAAAAGUGUUGAACAUAGGGUGGUGAAUUCGAGUGAAGCUAGGCUUAGCAUUGCUGCUUUUAUCAAUCCUUCUCCGAGCUACAUUGUGGAACCUGCACAAGCUUUGGUUACUGAACUGAAUCCAGCGCGGUUCAAGCCUAAGUCGUACAAAGAAUUUGUCUACAGCUCUGGAGCUCUUGGUACUCAUACCAAGACUUUGCAGCGUGAAUGACCCUAUUUAAUUAGCUGCAUUGAGAAUUGUACUUCAGCUUGAUAUUUAGUACUACUAAAGUUGGUCAUCUUUUGUUUGAAACUUGAAAGGCAAAGUCGUCUGAAUUAAUUGUGACUGUUCUUGCAUUGUGGUUAUAUAUUGACAUCUUUUUAUUUGCA